CAUCAAAUGGAUUAGCCUUUUUAAGCUUAACAAUUCAUUACAUUGAUUCUUCUUUGAUACUUAAAAAUUUUCUUCUUGAUAUAAUUCCUAUAACAAUGCAAUAUACUGGACUUAAUAUGGCUAAUACCAUUAUAUUAGUACUUGAUGAAUUUAAUUUAACUGCUAAGUUAUUAGCAUUAACAACAGACAAUGCCUCUUUAAUGAUCUCUUGUGAUGCUUUAAUGAUAGCAGAAUUAGAAAAGGAGUUCAAUAAUUUAAACUUUGUUCACUAUCACUGCUUUGCCCAUAUAUUAAAUCUGGCAGUUAUAAAAGGAAUAAAAUUAGUUGAUUCAUCUAUUAAAAAAUUAGGUCAUUGA